UCUAGCUUCUCUCUCUCGAAGGUUUAGUUAAUUAGGGUUUAGAGAGGAAGGCAAGGGAAGGAUAUGGCGGCGCCGUGGAGGGACUCCGACUACAAGGACCGCUCCCCGCUGGAGUACCGCGUGUACGUCGGCAACCUGCCGUUCUCCGCCAACGACCGCUCCCUCAAGGACUCCUUCGCCAAUUACGGCGCCAUCAGCGCCGAGAUCGCUUGGGACAGUGUGAUGGGGAGGUCACGCGGGUUCGGGUUCGUCAACUUCGAGGACAGCGAGUCGGUGAACGCCGCCAUCCAGGGCAUGAACGGCCAGGACAUCGGCGGCCGCAACGUCACUGUCGCGCAGGCAAAUACACGGCCGCGCCGCUGGAGGGCGUGACCACCGGCGGCGUACGGACGGGAGCUCUCGGGCUGCCGGCAACCGCGCCUGCAUGCGCGGAGAGAAGAUCAUUAUACUACCCUAUCUACGUAUUCUAGAUUAAGUUUGGUUAAUUAGGGUUUAUUAAUACCCUAUCUACAUAUUCUAGAUUAAGUUUGGUUAAUUAGGGUUUAUUAAUUGGUGGACGCGUAAUAAAUUACCAGGUUCUGUUUGUUAUCAAUAAUCUCUGAUGUGAAAAGAAAUAUAGCCUAGUGGUUGCAGUGAC